CUUGCGCAGGCAAAGGUACCGCGUGUUUGCUUUCCUGUGGCUCUCUUGCCAGUUGGCCAAAUUCCUCCUAGGGAUGUGUGCUCGGUCUAAUAAUGUCAUCUGCAUCACCUAGAAUUUUGAAACACUCUUCCUCAAUGCCGAGGACUUUUUUCCUCAACUUAAGCGGGUAAUUUUCCAGAUUGAAAGGAAGUCAGAAAGGAAUGAACUUGUGGAUUACUUGUGUUUUAGAGUUGGUUAAAUAUUGACAGAUGUAAAAAACAAAGUAACCAAGUCAUGUUCAAAUGUUGGGAAAGUUUUUCCGGAACUUUGACUUCUUUUGCCAUCUUUUAUGAAGAUAAAGCCAAGUUUCUGCAAGAUUGGAAAUGAAAAUAGAAAUUGGGUGCAUGGCUUGAGGAUUAGAAAACUUUUUACAGAAAACCAUCCUCCUGAUUACAAGUUGUCUUCUUGAUGAAAACUGGGUUCAUCAAACUCCACUGCUGAAGCAGAAAGUAGGAAAUAGGAUAUCCUUCGUCUGAACUUUACAUCGGUAUCAAUGCCGAUAGAAUGGAGAAUGUGCCUGUGUCAAGUUUCAACAGGAAUUAUGCCAAAGGCUGGUAUUUUCUUCCAGGAUCAACUGAUAAACUUGAGCUGGACAUAAUGCACCGGCCUGGGAAUUGAGAGAGCACGAGAGACUGUUGACACUCGGCAUGGGACAGAUCCCGUUAGUACUGCAUAUCCCAGGGUGCUCUUCUGUCUUUGGCAUUCCAUUAAGAUAAUUGCUUCUAAACUGUUUUAAAUCGCCACACAGACGGAGAAAAAACUACGACUAUCUGAAGCAGAGGGAGGGAUCCCACCGUGUCGGUUGUGAUUUACUGCGGAUUUACCUGAAUUAUUGAAUGAUUGCAUGAAAUGGAAGUACGAUGGGCUUCUGGAUCACCUGUACUUUGUGGAAUCGCCCCUGGACCCGUCUAAAGCCGACUAAGACCCCCGAUUUUUUCAAGUCCGUGCUCCUGAAAUGCUGCAGCCAUUAUGAUUGUGAUGAUAUUAACUUUAAAAAUUAUAAAUGUGAUUGUGGCCAUAUUUGCUUUCGCAACAACCACCAGCUUCAGGACCAGUUCGUCUCUGAAGACCAAAUGUAACAACGAAAGCAACCCCUGGAAGGAAGUGGUCUAUAAAUACUCAUAUCCUUUUGAUCUGCAAAGUGUUCAAGUCAUCCCCGGAUGCAAUGCCACACCUACCAGCUACCAUCUGGGGCAGAGCGAGACGGCGCCAGCGCAGUUCUACGUCUUCGUCGGAGUUAUCGCCUUCCUCUACUGCAUUGGUGCUCUUAUUCUCUACAUCUUCUUUGAUGAUCUCUACCGCAAGAACAACCGGCUUGUCAUUGUGGACUUUGUGAUAUCGGUUGUGGUGACGGCCCUGUGGCUCAUCUCCUCCUCUGCCUGGGCUCAAGGUGUGUCUGACGUCAAGUUCUACACCGACCCCAGCGAGUCCGGCCUCUUCCAGAUGAUGGCCGAGUGCGAAAAAGUUGCCUGUGAAGUCGGUCACCUUGGCAACUUUGCUAGCCUUAAUGUAUCCAUCAUCUUUGGAUUUUUGAACUUUUUAGUGUGGGCAGCCAACCUGUGGUUCUUGUACAAGGAAACUCCAUGGUUUAAAAUCCGCUCGAAGCCGCCCAGUUCUCCAGAAGCAGGCCCGCCACAGCAACCUCCCACCAACCAAUAUUAAGAUGUGCCCAGUAGUAAGUAGUGGCGACUAACCAAGUACUACCCUUCUCAUAGUUGUGCAACAUGGCAUUGGAAAAAGAACUAACUUGUGGUGGCAGUAGUAGCUAGGGUCUUGUUCUAUCAAAUUUUUUGUUUGUUUCUGUUUUAUGUUAGAUUCAUUGUUAUUUUGUAUUUUGUAACAUGCCAGGGAAUAAAUUAUGAAUUUAGAACAAGAAAGUAAUGUAAGUCAUCACCAGUGGUUUCUUUAUUUCAAUCACGGAACUCUUUAGCAUCCCUGUCAGACAGAUAUAGGUAGAGGCUUUCCUCAGAGAGGAUGGCUUGGCACCUGGGUCAGACAUGACACAUGGGUCGGACGUGACACUUGGGUCGGACGUGACACUUGGGUCAGGACAUGACCCAUGGGUCGGUUUGUGAUGUUGUGUUGUAUGUGACAUGUCGUGUGUGACGUGUCGUGUGUGACAUUGUGUCAUGUAUGGGAUGUUGGUCUGACAGGAUUGCUACAGGGUUCCCAGUUCCGCUGCUAUAAGACGACCUUGAGAUCUGAAAAGGACUGCCUCUGUAGGCUGGAGUCCUGCUAGAAGUAUCAGUUGUUAGUGAUGUGUGCAUGGGAUACAUUCAGGUUAGCAACAGAUCAGGCAACCUAGAACAUGUAUUAACAUCUUGUUGCCUUGAUAUACACAAUUAUAUAGCCUGCAUGGGGGUAAUGGGGGACGAUGUCCUUUGUCUUUACAACAAUCAUGUUUAUGUGAAUACUGUUUUAUUAUCAACACAUCCUUUUAGUUAAGGAGGGGUAUCUCCAACAUGAUGCACCACCACCACGUAUCCCCUGGUAACCACCAAGCUGCUGUAGAGAGAAACAUAGAAUAGGACUGCCAGCCUCUUGAUUUCUAGUGUUUCUUGUGUAUUGGAUGUGUGCAUCAAUUCCAUGUCUUACCCAUUUCGUCUUUUACUAACUAUAGUUAAGAGUGUCUGGAUUAUAUUGAGUGAUGUCUGUUAAUCCUGUGUAGUGGUUUGUGCAAGGUAUGAAAUCCUUCCAUCAAAGUUUUAAGUUGCUCUUGAAAUUCCCACAUCCCACUCCCAACAGAGCAGAGGAAUCUUUCAUACAGUGGACCCUAUCCCAUCAUGCAGUGGACCCUAUCCCAUCAUGCAGUGGACCCUAUCCCAUCAUGCAGUGGACCCUAUCCCAUCAUGCAGUAGACUAUCCCAUCAUUCAGUGGACCCAAUCACAUGAUGUGGUGACCCUAUCCCAUCAUGCCCUUCAUUUGGUUAGGCAGAAUCAAAAUCAGGUCACACCAAAUAAUCUGAAUUUUUAUUCUAGUUCUUGAGUGUGGACAUUUAUUAAAUACGAAAUAUUGUGCACCUUAACGAGGGGAAGUAGCUGAUAUGACUAAGACAAGUUUCGUAUAUCACUUACAUCAGUGUCCGACAUCACUCAAUGCAGACGCAUGCAAUUCAGGUUAAAUUGGCCUUGUAAAUGACAGGCACUGUGUGUCCCAUACCGUCAUCCAUGUAGUGCCCGGGGCAUUAUUGGGCCGCCAUCUUGGAACAGGGGGCAUCAUUGUUACAACACACAUUGUCCAUGCCAGACUGGUGUAGAAACAUACAACUCUUGGCCUCCUGGUUGUAAGAGGCUGCAGUUAUUAGAGAAGGGGAGGUAACUGCAUCCACGAUGGGUCUUGAUCGGUAACAUCUGUGGCCCAUAUUGGCUUGGAGUCUUCUCCCUUGCACUUGUAAUGGAUAUAUACCACUCAAAAAUGGUUAAGGAUUACUCCAUUCUUUCACUUUACUAUGUCAGAAUCAAGGGGACUAACUUUUUUGAGCAGUAUAUGUUCUAUCUGUGUCAGGUAUUUGCUUGGAAAUGUAGGCUAGUCGGAGUCAUCUCCCUUGCACUGCACCAAGUUUUUCCACAUUCUUUAUUUGUGUGUUUUGAAAAGAGUUUGGAGUAUUUUGCCAACUGUAUUUUUGUAACUGCUGGAGUCUUCCUCAAAAUAGGAACAACACAAUGUCAGGGUGGUUGCUAUUUUAUCAACAUUAUGAGAAAUAUAUUUUCUACCUUCCUCUCUCAGAAACCAGUUUCAUUUGUACUCAAAUACAGAUAUUUUGUCACUCUGUCAAUCCGAUUUUGUUAUUUAAAAAGGUUCAUAUCUUAUGCACACAGAAUUUUUACAUGAUUUCUAUGACCUUUGCACCGGCUCACUUAGGAAUUAGGGCACUAUUAAACCUACUUGUAUCUCAGUUAAUUGUUAGUGUGGCCGUAUCAGCUUUUGAUGGGGACAUUCUCAGUUGAGUAGUGUAUAUGGUAUAUUCAGCCAGAAUUGUGCUAGAAUGAUCUCAGAACAUCACUCCCGAUUAUUUCUCUUCUUUAGCCAGAGCCAGGUUUUAGCAUCACAGAUGUUGUGUAUUUUAACUCGACUUGUUUACUGUAUAUAUAUAUAAUGGGGCACUUUCUUUAUUCUAAGGUUUACAGAUUCACAUGAGCCACAACACAAACAUUGAGGAGAUUUAGAUUUAUUCCUUGUUCCGUCUGCACCACUAUCCAUGUCCAGUCAAUUCAAAUGAAACUUGUUCAGAUACAUUAUUUGUUUUAAAUGAUUCAAACUCCUCUUUCAAUAACAGAAAUCUGUAAACCAUGGAAUCAGCCCAUGGUUGCCACAGCUGUAGAAAUGGGUCACCCUUUUGUUUGCCGAGUCUGUUUCAGUUCAUUACAUUCCACUUGGAAUAGGGUGGCCUUGACCUCAGGGCCAGCGUCACGAUUUAAGUGAUGAAUUGGAUUGCAUCUUCUGGAUGUGAUAUGCCUUGUUUUGCUUCUGUUGUUUGUAUUUUGAAUACUAAUAUUUUGUAUCUGUUGUUUGAUAUGGGUUGAAAUGUAGAUAUGUAUAUUCUUCAUUCAGUAGGACACUCUGGAGCUACCAUACAUACUAUUAGUACGAAUGAUCACUACAUUACUUCUCAUCAAGAUGCUAGUGUAUUCUACAUGCAGCAGCAAUACUUUGUCAUCAGAUUAAAUAUUCACUUGAGGAAAAAGAAGGAUCUGUCCAGACUUCAGUAUACCAUGAGGCGAAAUGAAAAUAACAUUCACCAGCAGACCUUGUGUAUACCAAACACUCUGAUUUGUUCUUAAAGCCGAGAAAAUGGCAUCCAUUUCAGUCUCCCCCACUGUUCAAUGUGCAGCUUCGGUGUCGUGGGGUGGUCUAGUGGUCAAAGCAUUCACUCGUCAUGCUGUAGGCCCCAGUUCGAUUCCCUGUCAGGUGUCCCCAGAUAGUGCUGGAAUAGUACUAAAAGUGGCGUGAAAACCUCCUCACUCACUCACUCACUCAUCAGGGGGACACACCUGGGCAAUGGGAAGGAAAUAAGUUAUAGCUGCUGAAGACGGGGACGAGUAAUUCGCCAGUAAAACUGAAGUCAGUUUAUCAGUUGGAUAUUGUAAACCAUAUUUCAUGUACUGAGCAUCCAACACGGUAUGUUUAGGACUAUAUAUUCCUGUUCUUAAUCCAUGCUUAUCAAGUUCUUGUAUGCUGUUCAUUCCUUCAUGUUAUACAUGUAAUAACUGAUGAUUAAUGUUCAUAUUCUAAUAUCUUGAAGUAAUGGUCUGCUAGUUCUUGUUGGAAACAUGCAUUCUGUAGCAUUGGUCCUUUAGUUGUUUGUAUGAACAAUAAAGCGAAUAAAUUUGUUUAUUUAC